CGGGGCCCGGGGAGGCGGGCCGCUGAGCGGGCGCGCGGCCCCGAGGAUGCGGGCGCGGGUGCAGCGCUGGCGUGGAUGCUCCCUUCUCUUGGCCUCUGGAGACUCUGUUGCUUUUUAAUGGCGGCGGCAGCUGCUGGGUGAGCGGCGCGAAACUGGACAGUGUUCAUCCCUUCAAGAGAGGGCCGCUGUCUCCCGACGUCAUCACCGCGGGAUUUUCCUUCUUUGCCCCUCCAUUCUUGAAGGGAGAAGAUGCCACUGCCAUUUGGAUUGAAAUUGAAACGCACCCGGCGCUACACGGUGUCCAGCAAGAGCUGCCUGGUUGCGCGCAUCCAGCUGCUCAAUAACGAGUUUGUGGAAUUCACAUUGUCUGUGGAGAGCACUGGCCAGGAGAGCCUGGAAGCUGUGGCCCAAAGACUGGAGCUGCGGGAGGUCACUUAUUUCAGCCUCUGGUACUACAACAAGCAAAAUCAGCGCCGAUGGGUAGAUUUGGAGAAACCUUUGAAGAAGCAACUGGAUAAAUAUGCAUUGGAACCUACUGUCUAUUUUGGAGUGGUGUUUUAUGUGCCUUCAGUUUUACAGCUACAGCAGGAGAUUACCAGGUAUCAGUAUUACUUGCAGCUGAAGAAAGAUAUCUUGGAGGGAAACAUUCCUUGUACGUUGGAACAAGCGAUUCAGCUAGCAGGUUUAGCCGUUCAAGCUGAUUUUGGUGAUUUUGAUCAGUAUGAAUCCCAGGACUUUCUUCAAAAAUUUGCCUUGUUUCCUGUGGGAUGGUUACAAGAUGAAAAAGUAUUGGAAGAAGCAACCCAAAAAGUGGCCUUACUACAUCAAAAAUACAGAGGGCUCACGGCUCCUGAUGCUGAAAUGCUGUACAUGCAGGAGGUAGAGAGAAUGGAUGGCUAUGGAGAAGAGAGCUACCCUGCCAAGGACAGCCAAGGGAGUGACAUAGCCAUUGGAGCAUGUCUUGAAGGUAUCUUUGUGAAACACAAGAACGGAAGGCCUCCUGUAAUAUUUAGGUGGCAGGACAUUGCUAACAUGUCCCACAACAAGUCCUUUUUUGCAUUAGAGCUGGCAAAUAAAGAGGAGACCAUCCAGUUUCAAACUGAAGACAUGGAAACAGCAAAAUAUGUAUGGAGACUGUGUGUCGCUCGACACAAAUUUUACAGAUUAAACCAAUGUAACUUGCAAACUCAGACUAUCACAGUGAACCCAAUCAGGAGGAGGUCAUCUUCACGCUUGUCUCUGCCUAAACCCCAGCCCUAUGUGAUGCCUCCCCCGCCCCAGCUGCAUUAUAAUGGACAUUAUACAGAGCCAUAUGCUUCUUCCCAAGAUAACCUCUUUGUGCCCAACCAGAAUGGAUAUUAUUGUCACUCCCAGACAAGUUUGGAUAGAGCCCAAAUUGACCUCAAUGGUCGAAUCCGUAAUGGUAGUGUCUACAGCGCACAUAGCACCAAUUCCUUAAAUAACCCUCAAGCGUACUUGCAGCCCUCUCCUAUGUCCUCCAACCCGAGUAUUAGUGGAAGUGAUGUCAUGAGACCCGACUACAUCCCCACUCAUCGGCACAGUGCCCUGAUACCCCCGUCUUACCGCCCGACCCCAGACUACGAGACUGUGAUGAAGCAGCUCAACAGAGGCCUGGUGCAUGCCGAAAGGCAGAGCCACUCGCUGAGAAACCUCAACAUCGGCAAUUCCUAUGCAUACAGCAGGCCGGAUGCCCUGGUCUACAGCCAGCCUGAAAUUCGGGAGCACGCGCACUUCGCCUCUCCCCAGUCGGCCCACUACCCAUUCAAUUUGAACUACAGUUUCCACAGCCAGUCUCCCUACCCCUACCCUGCCGAGAGGCGGCCCGUGGUGGGCGCUGUCAGCGUGCCCGAGCUGACCAACGUGCAGCUCCAGGCGCAGGACUACCCGGCUGCCAACAUCAUGAAAACCCAGGUGUACCGCCCGCCGCCGCCCUACCCGUACCCGAGGCCGGCCAACAGCACCCCAGACCUGUCGCGCCACCUCUACAUAAGCAGUAGCAACCCGGAUCUCAUCACCAGGCGGGUCCACCACUCGGUGCAGACGUUCCAGGAGGACAGCUUGCCCGUGGCCCAUUCCCUGCAGGAGGUCAGCGAGCCCCUGACGGCUGCCCGGCAUGCCCAGCUGCAGAAGAGGAACAGCAUCGAGAUCGCGGGGCUCACGCACGGCCUGGAGGGACUGCGGCUCAAGGAGAGGACCAUGUCGGCCUCGGCCGCAGACGUGGCGCCGCGCACCCUUGCCACGGGCCCCCAGCCCGGCGUCUUCGCUGAGCGGACUAAGACCGACGAGCCCGAAGAGCAGGAAAGUGGGAGAUAUGGCCACAAGAAGUCACUCUCGGAUGCCACCAUGCUGAUACACAGCAGCGAGGAGGAGGAGGAGGAGCUGGAGGAAGAUGGGGCGCGGGCCCUCCCGGCGCGGCCUGAGCCCCGACCUGAGCCCCGGCAGCCUGCAGCCUACGCCCAUGAGCCGCUGCCCGGCUGCCCCUGUGCGGCGGGCACCCCGCUGCCAGGGCCUCUGCAUAUUCACGAGCCCAAGCCCCACGGGGUAGAGGCGGAGCAGAGGGUGAGGGAAGGUGGCCAUGUCCACGCAACUGUGGAAGCCCGGCGGCCCCGAAGGGACGGGCUGCUGACGCCCUCCAUGUCCGAGUCCGACCUGACUACAUCUGGGCGGUACCGAGCCAGGAGGGACUCUCUGAAGAAGAGGCUGGUGUCAGAUCUGCUUUCGGGGAAGAAGAACACUGUGCAAGGGCUCCCACCCCUGGGGGGAAUGAAAAAGACUCGAGUAGAUACAAAAAAAAUUGGUCCCCUUAAAUUGGCUGCCCUCAAUGGACUCUCCUUGUCUCGAUUGCCUCUACCUGAUGAAGGAAAGGAAGUAUCCACCAGAGCGACAAACGAUGAAAGGUGUAAAAUUCUGGAACAGCGGUUAGAACAGGGAAUGGUAUUCACAGAAUAUGAAAGAAUUCUUAAAAAACGACUAGUUGAUGGAGAGUGCUCAAUAGCCCGACUCCCGGAAAAUGCAGAAAGAAAUCGAUUCCAGGAUGUCCUUCCCUAUGAUGAUGCAAGAGUGGAGCUUGUCCCAACCAAGGAGAACAACACUGGUUACAUCAAUGCAUCACAUAUCAAGGUCUCUGUCAGUGGAAUUGAAUGGGAUUAUAUUGCCACACAGGGGCCAUUACAGAAUACCUGUCAGGAUUUUUGGCAGAUGGUAUGGGAACAGGGAAUUGCAAUUAUAGCAAUGGUGACAGCAGAAGAGGAAGGUGGAAGGGAGAAGAGCUUUAGAUAUUGGCCACGACUUGGUUCCAGGCACAACACUGUCACCUAUGGAAGGUUUAAGAUUACAACCCGGUUCCGCACAGACUCUGGCUGCUAUGCCACCACAGGCUUGAAGAUGAAGCACCUUCUCACGGGGCAAGAGAGGACAGUGUGGCAUCUCCAGUAUACAGACUGGCCUGAGCAUGGCUGUCCUGAAGACCUCAAGGGAUUUUUGUCAUACCUUGAGGAGAUCCAGUCUGUUCGACGUCAUACAAAUAGUACAAGUGAACCAAAAAGCCCCAACCCUCCUCUGCUGGUCCACUGCAGUGCUGGGGUAGGAAGAACCGGUGUCGUCAUUUUGUCAGAGAUCAUGAUUGCUUGUCUGGAACACAAUGAGGUCCUGGACAUCCCGAGAGUGCUGGACAUGCUGAGGCAACAGAGAAUGAUGCUGGUGCAGACCCUCUGCCAGUACACAUUUGUGUACAGAGUUCUCAUUCAGUUCCUGAAAAGCUCCAGGCUCAUCUAAGCGCCCAGACCUUCUCACGGGGACCCAUCAUGGAAAGCGUUUACAGCUAAAACAAAGUGCUUGCCUAACUCAUACUUUCUCCUGGACACCUGAUCGGCACCAAGAUCCAUCACGACUGGCGGUGCAGUAUGAAUAGUGGCGCGCAUGAGGCUGCAAAGGGGCUGGGACCUGGGAGAGGUGCAGAAGAACAAGGACUCGGUGUUGAGGGUGUGGCCUGGUCUGUCCAGUUUGCAGUACUUGCACACAUUUUGGAGAUUGUAUUUUUUAAACAAUUCUCUAUUUUACUGAAGCUAUGCUGGGCAAUUCUGGCAAUCAUUAAGGCGCAUAGAUUUCUAUCUUGUAGAUUUGUAUCUUAAACUAGUUUUUGAUAAUGGAAUUUUACAUAGUGACUAAAAUAUUUAGGAGUUUUCUUAGCAAGAAACUGAACUUUCUGUGGGGAUGAUCCACAGACUUGAGUGGUUCUUGUAUGACUUUGUAUUUAAAACCAUAUUACUACCUUUGUUAUUUAAAACAAUAACAACAAAACCUUGGGUACUUAAUGGGUUGGACACUAAGCCCAAAACUCUAAAGAAAAUCUAUAAGUGUUAUUUUGAAACAUAGAAAGCAUUUUUAUAUUCAAAAAUUUUUUAUCGUAAAAGUUCUAUAUAUUUGUACCUUCUAUAUUUUCCAAAUGAGCUCAACUCAUGAAGAUACUGUGCAGUGAGUCAGUUAAUGUAAAGGAAAGUUGGAAUGAAGGCAUAUUAUUUUAAAUGUAAGUGAAUCAGAUUAACUAAUUUUUCAGUAUUAUUCAUAAACCUAAAUGAGUUUGAUUUUAUGGGUAAAAAAUAUGAAGUGAAAAACAGUUGCAUAGGAUGGUUUUAAGCACUUUUAUGUUAAAGAUAAAAUCCGAGUUUUAAUAUAUGUGUUGGUUGAUAUUUGAAACAGUAACAAUGGACAUUGUUUCAAAAAGUGUUCCUAAGGGAAGGAUUAAGAGUAUGUAGGGUGACUAGGACAAGAGUAAGUGGCA